AGUGAGGUUAGGUUAUCCAUAGAUAACACAUGUCAUCGACUAAUUCAAGAUAUUUCUUUAACCGAAGAUAUUCAUGUCUAGAAAUAUUUAUUAUUGUAUAUUUUAUUUGUAUUUUGCACAUUCAAACUUCGUAUUGAUUCAUUCGACAAGUGGAUUUUAAAAUCAUGUUGUUACAUCUUUUUAAGUGGAAACCGCCUCGGACCCUCUUCAGACGGCAACACUUCUCAUCGUAUUUUAUUACAACUCCUAUUUUCUAUGUAAAUGCUGAGCCGCACAUGGGACAUCUCUACACCGCAUUAAUUGCAGAUGCGGCAGUUCGAUUUCAAUUGCUCCUUAAAGAGGACGCAUCACCAUUAUUCAGCACAGGGACUGAUGAGCAUGGAAGCAAAAUUCAGAAAGCUGCGGAAUCUUCAAAUACCUCCCCCGGUAAAUAUUGCUCAGAAAUAUCAAAGAGAUAUCAAUCCCUUUUUGAUUCUUGUGGAAUCAAGUACUCUCACUUUAUCAGAACUUCAGAUGCUGCACACAAAGAAGCAGUGCAACAUUUCUGGAUUGAGCUAGAAAAACGCGGGCAUAUCACUCCUGGAUCCUAUUCGGGCUGGUACUGUUCAGCAGAUGAAGCUUUUCUUACAGACUUGCAAUUAAAAACUGUGAAAAAUGCUGAUAAUACUGAAAUGAAAGUCAGUGCUGAAUCUGGUCGUGCUGUAGAAUGGACUGAAGAAAGUAAUUUCAAGUUUAACCUGGGAAAAUUCAUCCCAGAUGUACUUCACUGGUUAAAAACAGAGCAGCCGGUGGAACCUAAACCUUUCUAUGACUUGCUGUUACAUUGGAUCACGGAGUUGCAGAAUGAAGGUUUCACGGAUUUAUCGGUGUCAAGACCAUCAAGUCGCGUUCACUGGGGCAUUCAAGUCCCUGGUCAUCCGGAACAAACAAUUUAUGUGUGGCUGGAUGCCCUUGUAAAUUAUUUAACUGUUGCUGGGUAUCCAAAAAAUUUAAGCAAGUGGCCUCCUGAUGUACAUGUCCUAGGUAAAGAUAUAUUGAAAUUUCAUGGUCUUUAUUGGCCUGCAUUUCUCAUUGCUGCUGGCCUUGAGCCUCCCAGGAAACUUCAAGUUCAUGCUCAUUGGACUGUCGAUGGAGAGAAAAUGUCCAAAUCUGUAGGAAAUGUCAUCAAUCCUUUUGAGAAAAUUGAAUCAUUCUCAGUUUCUGGUUAUCGAUAUUUCUUGUUGCGUGAAGGAACACCUCAUAGCGAUGCAAAUUACAGCGAAACCAAAAUUCUCAGAAUGUUAAACUCUGAAUUAGCGGAUUCGUUAGGGAACCUAUUAAAUCGGUGCACAGGUUCAGCGAUCAAUGUCAUGCAAGCUUUCCCAGCUUUUUCGGCCUCAGAGUUUGACAAACUACGGCAGGACAAUAGUGACUUGGCAGAUUUAGCGAACAGAAUUGAAAAUCUUCAAGAUGAAGUGAGGCAUCACUACGAGGCAUUUAAUUUCUAUAAAGGAAUUGAGUACACCAUCCUGACAGUCCACGUGAUCAACAGAUUUUUUGAACACUGUGAGCCGUGGAAUUUGAAAAAGGAUCCUGCAAAAAGCGAAAAGUUACGAUGUGUUCUACAUGCAACCAUGGAAUCACUGAGGAUUUGCGCCAUUGCUCUUUCACCAGUCAUACCCAUAUUAUCUUCCACCCUUCUAGAUAAAUUGUCCGUUGCAAAAGAUAAACGAAGUUGGAAGAACUUGGUACCCAGUUGGAAACGUAAAGACUCUGAUGAAGACUUGGCAUUAUCCAAAGAAAAAGUUGUACUAUUUCAACGAAUAAAGUAGUUGGUGUUUUUUUACAGUAAUCCAUUUUUUUCGUUUUUGACAAAACGUUGAAAGUAGAACUGAACCUUUUGACUUUCAUCCCAACAAAUUUAAUUUUUUGAACAGCUACUUUGAGUUUGAAAGCUCGGAAAAUCACGGCUAGUUCUGUUCAGUGGGAUAGUUGAAGUGAAUGUACACAUGUUGUGGCAGACAACUUUCUCUGUCCAAAUUACCAUAUUUGCCUCAUCAAAUUGUGAAUCAUUUUUGUAGACAAUUAAAAGUAUCACAUCGCUCAUGUUAAAGAAUCAUUGAAAAGUGGGCUAGAGUUGAGCUACUGGAAUUAACUGC